AAAUAAAGACAGCCAAGUUUAAAACUAUCCUUUUUCCUUUUCAGAGCAGGUCUCUUGGGACCGUUCAUAAGAAAGAGACACCAGUGCUGUGACACAUGCCAGUGCCACCGCCACCACCACCUCCUCCUCUGCCUCCACCUCCCCCACCGCUGGGAGCUCCUCCCCCUCCCCCGCCAUCUGCACCCCCGAUAAGUACAGAUACUUCCAGCUUGAGAAAGGCAGAUCCGAAAGGUCGGAGUGCACUGUUGGCUGAUAUCCAGCAAGGAACUCGCCUACGAAAAGUCACGCAGAUCAAUGACCGCAGUGCCCCACAGAUCGAGAAUUCUAAAGGAACCAACAAAGAAGGAGGAGGUCCUGCAAACUCUCGAGGCGGGAGCACACCCCCAACCCUGGGAGAUCUGUUUGCUGGUGGCUUUCCGGUGUUACGCCCAGCAGGCCAGAGGGAUGCAGCAGGUGGCAAGAUAGGGCAGGGCCCUGGCUCCCGAGCGCCUUCUCCCCGGCUUCCCACCAAAGCUAUCAGCAGCCCACUCAACGCCCCGGCAUCGCCCAGGCUAGGCAAUGCCUCGGAGGCUCAUGGCGCUGCCAGGACAGUCCCCCCUCGCCCCAGCAUGCCCGCCCCGCCUCCUCCCACCCCGCCCCCACCGCCCCCGCCCUUACCCCCACCCCUGCCCCCGUCCUCCCCCAUCAAAGCCCCGCUGGUGUCCCCACCUGGCCCACCAGCAAAAGGGAGCCCCCCGGUGGUUGCAUCCCUGGUGGUUGCACCCUCUCUGCCCUGCACACCUCCCCCUCCGCCUCCACCACCUCCGCCACCUCCGCCAACUCCACCCCCGCCGCCCCCCGCCCUGGUUCCCAGUGACAAGGCAGUGAAACCUCAGCUAACGCCUUUGCAUCUACCGCCCAUCCCGCCCCCGCUCCCUCUCCUCCCACCUUGUGGGUAUCCGGGACUCCAAGCCGAUGCUGCCAGCCCUGCCCAAGAUUUAAUCAACUCUUUUAACCCCCUCAACAAACCUAAGAGGUAUGUAUAUUAUUAUUAUUCCCAUUUUAUAGAUGAGAGAACUGAGGCACAAAGAAGUUGUGUUAUUAUUCCAGCAGGAGAACUGGGAGUCAGUCCCAGGCAGGGUGGCUUGAGAGGCUUUUUAUCACCUAUCGUGUUACAUCCAAAGAGCUCAGUAUCUCACCUCUUGCAGAAAGUUAUAGCAUCCGCCAUCCUAUAUCUAAUAAGCCGUUCUCUUCUUUCAGGGACCAGUGGGGGGAAGCUAAACCCACCCCCGGCACCCCCUGCCAGGUCACCCACCACGGAGCUUUCAAGCAGGAGCCACCAGGCCCCAGCCUGGACCCCGACCCAGCAGCCCGGAGGUCAGCUGCGGAAUGGAAGCCUGCAUAUCAUGGAUGACUUUGAGUCUAAAUUCACGUUCCAUUCUAUGGAAGACUUUCCUCCUCCGGACGAGUAUAAACCAUGCCAGAAGAUUUACCCCAGCAAGAUCCCCAGAAGCCGUACACCUGGUCCCUGGCUUCACGCCGAGGCGGCUGGGCAGAGCUCCGAUGACAUCAAAGGCAGAAAUGCUCAGUUAUCUCUCAAGACCCUCCGGUGAGAUGACAGAUGAAGCCAAUGUCCUGUGAGCCACCAGCAGGUCCGGGUGGCAGGGUGGACAUCCCCAGGAGAACGUAUGACCUCGCCAUACUCAAGCUGUAAUUCAGCUAAUAUAGAGGCUCUGAAUAGAGCAUUUAUUUAUUGUAAAUAUAUGGUUUGCACAGGCUUUAAAUCAGUAUUAUAGCCGACUUUAAUUUGAGUAAUUUAAGAAGAAAACACAUCGUUUCUCCAUUUUUUAAAAUGCAUCUUGGCGUUCAUCUGUCAGUACAGAUGAAAGCCCUGACCCCGCCUCCUGGUUUCCAUUCCAUGAGUGUAAAUACGCGUGUGGGCUGGCCCUUCCUAGACUCUGAACCGUUCUUAGAAGAUUCCUUAGUUUCCCAAACUCACGGUACCCACAACAGCUUCUUCUUGGCAUGAUUUUAUAUUCUCAUCACACAAACUGCAAAAUCAAACCUGAUAAUGCCUUAUAAAUGACGCCGCUCACGGAGAGUAUGUGUCCCCACGCCCAGACAGCGCCACACGGCCUCCAGUGAACAAGAUGCCACCUCGCUUCCGUCUUGCAGGACAGGGAUUCUUUUGUUCCCUAAUGUAAAUAAAACGCAAAACAGGCGAGAGAGUGGGCUCGGCCCCUCCCAUGCCACCGACCCCAAGGCCCCUUUUGUAACGAAUGAUCCUACAAGUAGCCAAUGCUCUUACUGUUUACAGUGCCCCGCGCACCCGAGUCUCCGUGACUUUCCUCCGGUCCCUCCAAGUCCCCAGCCCCAUCCUGGCAGCCAGGGUGAGGUGAGCUGUAUGAAAUUUCAGUAUUUUCCCUGCAGGUUAGAAACCUGCAUAAGUCGUUGUUAGAGUAAAUUACUAAUUCUAUCUAUCUCCGAGGUCUUUUUUGUUUUUUCUUCCCGAGUGCAGGGUUUUCGUGGAAGACAGGACACGAAAAAGUGUAGUCUGAAAUGUAUUGUGAAAUAUCUGCCUCAAAUAUCAGUGCCCCACCCCCACCCUUGGGAAACCUGGAUCCACCCAUCAGGCAAAACCUAGCUCCCCCCUGAGCUGAAGAGAACCUAACUGGUCUGAGACUCCCCCAGGCCCUGGGCUGGCAGCUCUGGCGGGGAGAGGUCUGAGUUCAGCCAGCCUUGAAUAUGGAACAGGACAGGACUGGCUGUGACCUGUGACCACACCUCUCUCACCCUUUUCCUCCAGCUGGCAAGGGAAUGGAAGUGGGUUUUUGCUUGCUGCCUGACCCCAGAUGCUCCCCAUCCUUGGAGGGGAAGCUGUGACAGAGGAAGGAGAGAAAAUAGAAGGAAACAGACCAAUUCCUGGUCUAGGCCCAAAAUAGCUGCCGAUUAAAGGAAAUCAAGGAGGGAGAUGUGGGAAGAGCAGUGAAAAAUGUUUCCUCUGAAAUAACCCACUCAGUCACUCAGACCUCAAGGAGGUCAUGCCUGGACCCAGCCAUCCGAGGAGGGUACACUGUGAGGCGUGUUUUGGCAAAGCUGACCGCGCCCACCUAGCUGUUGUCUGGAGCCACGACUCAGAUGGUAUCCUCCAUCACUGUCGUGCUUUCUCAUUCCAGACAGAAGCCACUGAGCAAGGUCAAGUUCCCUUCUCUGGGGAACAAAUCUUGCGAAGUUGUGACAGCUAGAUCAAUGGAAUAGAAGCUUUUGCAGGCUGUCAGCUGUGGGCAUAGCUGAUUCAUUUUAUGGGUUCUGCAAGGUUCCUGAAAGAUCAGAAUCUUUUUAUUAUAACUAUUUCUCCCACCCACCUCCCAGUUGUACAAAAUAAUUACAAGGGUUUUAAUUAUCAUGAUUAAGAAGGCCCCAGAUCAAGACAGUUCCACCUUCAGUGCAGACUGCCUGCCCCGAUGAGGUGUUUACACAUUCGUGUUCUGCACCUCUGGGAUGGAGAUUAAAAAUAAAACUGUUCCAGGACGAGGGAAGGAACAAGCAGAAACCAAAAAUCGAAAUUAGGGAGAAAUCUCAGGAACCUGGCAUCACGUGUCUCCUCCAGACCCAUCACUGAAUUCCCGCCCUUUAACUCCCACGGUGCCGGCCUCCGGCAGGACAAAGGCAUAGCCCCUGGGCCACAAACUCAGACGUAAAGACAUUGAGUCACAGCGCCCCUACCAUCUCGCGUAUUCUGGCUGGCACUGUUAUCUGUGACCCCCAGCGUUUCCCGUGUGUUUUAUAUUUAUGGAUGUUCCCCUCUGCAGAUUCAUUUCUUUGUACCUAAUAAACUUUAAUAGGUGGAAGUGCUUCCAGUCACUUCCUUCGUGAAGCCCAUCAGUGGUCACCAGCCCCCGUUGAAGCCAACCAUUUUUAGCAUUAGAAGGGCUGACGCAGGGCAUUUACACAGGACCCAACACUCGCUUUAACAUCCUGUGUUAGAAACGGGGACUUUCUUUUCGGAGCUGAAGUUGCUAACUAAACCACACAAUGUUCUCCUAGCUUUUGUAGCUAACUAACCUAAUGGGUAUUUGGGGAAACCAAGGGGAAAACUUCCUCAAAAGCAUUUUGUAAAAAGUAGGUAACACUGUAUUUAUUCAGUUGUAUUAGUAGGAAAUGGGCAGAGUAGUGCUUAGAACUUGCACUAACCUGUGCGAGAAUGGAACAACUUUCAACCCAAAGUGCACUUAAUACCGCCCCUCAACUUAGCAGCGCCCCCUCGAAAAGCUCCUGCAUGGAGCAGUAUCACCUCCACUUGCAUUAUCUUGUCCUCAAGUGCCCUCUUUAGAACGUGGUGCGGGGGAGAGAAGGUUUACCUGAUACGUAUAAGUUGGCUUAAGGGGAAACAUGAGUCUGAACCUCUGUUCUCCUAGUACCUGGGCAAGCCCUUAACCCUUGGGUCACAACAGGCCCAGGCAUCAGCGCACAUGCACAUGCACACACACGCACACUCCAGGGUAUGAGCAGUUUGCUUAUUACAUGUGCAGUCACACACACAGCUCUCGCUGGCUGCACCCCAGGCACUCCAUUCAGAUGUUGGCUGAGCUGCUCAGAUCACUAGCUCUGCUGCUGGGGAAGAAGGAGAGAGCGGUCAUUAAAAUUCAUAGAUGCUCUUGAAAUAAAUCUCAUCUAGAAACUAAUUUCAAAGUUAGCUGCUUCACACUUUGCAUCUGAAUUAGUUAAGGACAGACUUGUUUUAUCUGCUGUCUUGUGAGUGGAGGCACAGAUAAACUCUUUGACGACCAAAACGGCCCAUCUGAGUGGAGAAGAAAAGCAAUGGCCCAAGAUAACCGGCAAAGUAGAUGGUGAACUUUAAAGCCAUUGACUGCAGAGGCUGGUGAAGCGGCCGUGGUUUUAGGCACCCCUGAAGGGGUUUCGUGUGGCAGAGGUGGUGCCUAGAGGUGAGGGGAGCAACUUGACGGGAGGCUGUAGACUCCAGAAGCAAGUUCCAAAUUCUCAGACCACGCUCCAGGAGGUUGUGGCAUCCAUCCUUCACGUACCUGUUCUGUUAUGGAUUGAACUGUGUCCUCCAAAAAUGCACACGCUGAAGUCCUAACCUCAUACUUCAGUAAUCUUACAGGGAAUAGUUGUUGCAAAUGUAAGUUGAGAUGCGGUCCUACCAAAGGAGGGUGGACCCCUAAUCCAGUAUGACUGGUGUCCUUAUAAAAAGGGGGAAUUUGGACACAGACACAUACACAAGGAGGAUGCUAUAUGAAGAUGAAGAGAGAGUUCAGGAUGAUGCUCCUACAAGCCAAGAAAAGCUGAAGAUUGCCAGCAAACCAUCAGACGCCAGGUGAGAGGCAUGGGACAGAGACUCCCUCCCAGAGCUGAGAAGGAACCAAUCCUGCCAACACCUUGAUCUGGGACUUCUACCCUCCAGAAUGGCAAGAUAAUAAAUUUCUGUUGUUUAAGCCUCCCAGUUUGUGGUCCUCUGUUACGGCAGCCCUAGCAAAGGAAUGAAUACACUCUCUGUCACCCUGGGGCUUUGUAGGAGUUUGUUUAUGAAAAAAAGAGCUGAGAAUAAAGUUUAAACAGUCAACUGUUCCUUGCCAUGUAAACGGACCAUCAUCUACUCUGACCUUGACAUAGCUCACUUGUUGCCAGUGAUGACUUGUUGCCAGUGAUGAAGUCCAAUUUUCAUGAACAAAAUAUUCAGUUGCAUUUUGCCUGUCAUUGGAGACAAAAUCAUGGAAGCAAGCUGGCCUUUCUCCCCACAAGAGUGGGGAGAGCUGGCUUUUUUCUUAAGUGGCAUCCUUUCCUCUAGUGGAGCUGCUGUGGCUUUAAAAUGAAGAUGCCUGGACAUCCAUGGCACCAACCAACCUGUGAUUUUUUAAAUUUGGUAAAAUACACAUAACAUAAAAUCUGCCAUCUUAACCAUUUUUAAGUGUACAGGUCAGUUGUUUCAAGUACGUUCAGAGUGUCGUGUGGCCAGUCUCCAGAACUCUCUUAUCAUCUUGCAAAACUUAAACUCUAUAACGCUUUAACAAUAACUCCCAGUUCCCCUCUCCCCCAGCCCACGGCAACCACCAUUCUACCUUCUAGCCCUAUGAGACCGACUGCUCUCGGUACCCCGUAAACGUGGAAUCAUGUAAUGUUUGACUUGUUGAGAGUGGUUUGUUUCACUUAGCAUAAUGUCCUCGAGGUUCACCCAUGUUGUAGCAUGUGUCAGAAUUCCCUUCCUUUUUAGGGCAGGAUAUUCCAUUGCUUGGGUGUACUACAUUUUGUUCUUCCAUUCGUUCAUUGUUGGAUACUUGGAUUGCUUCUACCUUUUGGCUAUUGUGAAUAAUGCUGCUAUGAACAUGGGUGUGAAAACAUCUCUUGGAGACUCUGCCUUCAGUUCUUUUGUGUAUAUACUCAGAAGUAAAAUUGCUGGAUAUAUGCUAA